AUGGCAACAAUCUUUGAUAUUUUAAAUACUCAUAAUAAUAAUAAUAAUUUUGAAAAUUGUAAAAGACAAUGCUCAACCAAUAAAAGCAAUAAAACGAUAAUUGAUAUACUACCAUCAAUGGAUGUAACAAUGACAAAUGAUAAACUAAUCAUUGAAACAGAGUUAGCAGGUAUUUCAAAAGAUCAUAUUGAAAUUGACAUUAAAGAUUCAAUACUCACUAUUUAA